AAGAGAUUUGGGCUAGGGGCGGGGCUUGACGCGCAGCGUGGCUCCUGAUUGCUGGAGCACGGCUGCCAAUCUUGCAGAUCCGCUCGCCUAACCAGUGCGCUGGCGAGACGCGCUCAGAUAUACUGAGCGGGCGCUGAGCAGCAGUCUCAGAUCCUGACGGUGCAGCAGCCCGCAGCCUCAGCCAGGGAGUCCCAGCCGCUUUCAAUGGAGGAGAAGCCCGGCCAGCCACAGCCUCAGCACCAUCACAACCACCACCAUCCGCACCAUCACCCCCAGCAGCAGCAGCAGCAGCAGCAGCAGCAGUCGCAGUCGCACCACCAUCACCAUUAUUAUUUCUACAACCACAGCCACAACCACCACCACCACCACCAUCACCAGCAGCCUCACCAAUACCUGCAGCAUGGAGCCGAGGGCAGCCCCAAGGCCCAGCCUAAGCCUCUGAAACAUGAGCAGAAACACACCCUCCAGCAGCACCAGGAAACGCCGAAGAAGAAAACAGGCUAUGGUGAAAUAAAUGGUAAUGCUGGAGAAAGAGAAAUAUCUUCAAAGACCCUUGGUUCUGAUGAAGCUACCAACCCUAUUUCUAGGGUCCUCAAUGGCAACCAGCAAGUUGUAGACACUAGCCUGAAGCAGACUGUAAAGACCAGCACCUUUGGAAAAGCAGGCAUUAAAACCAAGAAUUUCAUUCAGAAAAACAGUAUGGACAAAAAGAAUGGGAAGUCUUAUGAAAAUAAAUCUGGGGAGAACCAGGCUGUAGAUAAGACCGAUGCUGUAGCAAUUCCAAAUGGUGUUAUAACAAAUAAUUCAGGCUAUAUUACUAAUGGUUAUAUGGGCAAAGGAGCAGAUAAUGAUGGUAGUGGAUCUGAGAGUGGAUAUACUACUCCUAAAAAAAGGAAAGCUAGGCGCAAUAGUGCCAAGGGUUGUGAAAACCUUAAUUUAAUGCAGGACAAAAUGCAACAAGAGACUAGUGUCCCAUCAUUAAAACAGGGACUUGAAACUUUAAAGCCUGACUAUAGUGAACAAAAGGGAAAUCGAGUAGAUGGUUCAAAGCCCAUUUGGAAGUAUGAAACUGGAUCUGGAGGAACAAGUCGUGGAAAACCUGCUGUGGGUGAUAUGCUUCGUAAAAGCUCAGAUAUUAAAUCUGGUGUGAGCAGUAAAAAGUUUGAUGAUCGGCCUAAAGGAAAGCAUGCCUCAGCUGCUGCUUCCAAAGAGGACUCAUGGACCCUGUUUAAACCACCCCCGGUUUUUCCAGUGGACAAUAGCAGUGCUAAAAUAGUUCCUAAAAUAAGUUAUGCAAGCAAAGUUAAGGAAAACCUCAACAAAACUGUACAGAAUUCUUCUGUGUCACCAUCUUCAUCCUCAUCUUCAUCGUCUACUGGGGAAACUCAGACCCAGUCUUCAAGUCGGUUAUCCCAGGUCCCUAUGUCAGCUCUGAAAUCUGUUACUUCUGCCAGCUUUUCUAAUGGGCCUGUUUUAGCAGGAACUGAUGGAAAUGUGUACCCAUCUGGGGUUCAGCCACUGCUAACUACCACUGCUAAUACUUUAACACCCAUCUCUACUGGGACUGAUUCAGUUCUCCAGGACAUGAACCUGAAUUCAGCAGCUGUUGAACAAAUUAAGUCUAGCCUUUUUAUCUACCCUUCAAAUAUGCAAACUGUGCUGUUAAGCACAGCACAAGUAGAUCUGCCCUCUCAGACAGAUCAGCAAAACCUGGGGGAUAUCUUCCAGAAUCAGUGGGGUUUAUCAUUUAUAAAUGAGCCCAGCGCUGGCCCUGAGACUGUUAUUGGGAAGUCAUCAGAUCAUAAAGUGAUGGAAGUGACAUUUCAAGGAGAAUAUCCUGCCACUUUGGUUUCACAGGGUGCUGAAAUAAUCCCCUCAGGAACUGAGCAUCCUGUGUUUCCUAAGGCUUAUGAGCUGGAAAAACGGACUAGUCCUCAAGUUCUGGGUAGUAUUCUAAAAUCUGGGACUACUGAGAGUGGAGCCUUAUCCUUGGAACCCAGUCAUAUAGGUGACCUGCAAAAAGCAGACACCAGUAGUCAAGGUGCUUUAGUGUUUCUCUCAAAGGACUACGAGAUAGAAAAUCAAAAUCCUCUGGCCUCUCCUACGAACACUUUGUUAGGCUCCGCCAAAGAACAGAGAUACCAGAGAGGCCUAGAAAGGAAUGAUAACUGGGGUUCUUUUGACCUGAGGGCUGCUAUUGUAUAUCACACUAAAGAAAUGGAAUCUAUUUGGAAUUUACAAAAGCAAGAUCCCAAAAGGAUAAUCACUUACAGUGAAGCCAUGGAUAGUCCAGAUCAAUGAAGGACCAGACUGCCUAUUCGUAACCUUUCUGCAGCAUUAGAGCCACCGUUCAUGGGGGACACAAGGCUUUUAUGCUCCUAGAUCUUCAACGCAGCAGAGGAACCAUAAGUAGAAUCACAGGAUAAUAUAUACAAAUAUAUAUAUAUGCAUAUAUAUAUAUAUAGUUAUUUAAAAAAGGCAACUGAAAGUAAUUAGACUUCUUAAGGAAUCAAAUUUAUUUCAAGAGACUACACAUGGUUAUUUAAUCUCCGGUACUGAAUAGUUUUUUUCUUUAUUCUUUUGUUAGUUUUUGUUUUUUAAGUGUGAAUGCAAGUGAUUAAUGAAUACAGACUUAACAAAACGUGGUUCUAAAGUACCUGCUGUCAUCACCUUGGGCAACAAAUGACCCACUGGAAAGGCAAAUCCACUUACUAGAUCACUGUAUCCUGUUCUAUGACUAAAGUGAUACACUAAUCACGGGGAACCCAGAAUGAUUCAACAUUUUCCCCCGCUCCUCCCUUGAUCUUUUGGUUUUAAUUUAAGCCCUGCAAGAAUGCUGGAUAAAUGUCUUCAAGUUUGCAGGGGUGCGGGUUUUUUUUUUGUUGUUUGGUUUUUUUUGUUUUUUGUUUUUUUAAUCAAAUAUGAUUUGCAUGUCUUGCCAGGAGUUAAGCAGCCUCUGUGGGGUGUUGGAGAAAUACUUCAUUUCUUUCCUUUUUUUGUGGGGUAGGGAUAGGGGAGGGCAUUGAAAUUUUACAAUUCUGGAAUAGUUUGUGGGUACGUAGUUAACUUUGGUUACUUGUUGGACUUUAACAACUGAAGAAGAAUCCAAGAGUGUCAUUUAAAGAAAAGUUGCAGAACAAGCAAUUGGCUAAUGUGGAAAAACUAUUCCUGUGCCCAUAUUUUAAUGUAAUUGUAUAACUGGGAGCAAAAAUAUAUUCUGCUUUUCGACUGUAGGUGCUCCAGACUUGCUCUCUGUCACUAACACUAAAUGUGCAGUUUUCCUUGUUUUUCAUCCAACAUCUAAGAGAAACUUACGUAUCUUUCUGUAAAUUCUUUUCAUUUUAGUUUCUCUGCAAAAAACCUAAAAGGACAAGAUAAAGCAAGCCCAUGAAAACUUUGCUUUUUCUGUUUUAGCCAGUGAGGAGGUAAUAAACACUGCUUAUAGAAAAUGUGUUUUCAUGCAAAUUAUACUUCUGAGCUUAGCUUCUAAUUACAUCUUAAUAUAUUUUAUCAUUAGAGCAAGAUGGGUUUUUAGAGGAAAAUAAUGUGAAUUCCUGGAAAUUUUGUUUUGGGCAGAAAAAAGCUUUAGCCCUGUCUUACCAUCACGUGCCAUCCUGUUGCACUGCAGCUGUGUAUAGCAUGCUAAAAUAAAUUUAUUUUGUGUGUGUGUAGAAACUAAGGGUCCAAUUUAAGACUGGGUGAUGUUAGUGGCAUAAUAACAAGUUCUCUGGCCUGACAUAGCAUCACAUCACACACAUACACAUACAGAGAAAUUAGUAUAUCCAUGUAUAUCAAAUACAAGUUAAAAUAGCAGGGCAUUUAUAGAGUUGCAGUUUUUUAACAAAAGUAGACUGAAUCCCCUGGACACAUUUGGGGAGACAGUGGUUAAUUUUUGCUCCGUCCCUUUUUUAAAGAAAUGUCCAGUUUUGAGUGAUUGUAGUAUGGAUGGGUUUUCUGGCUUCAUUAAUUAUUUCAGGCUUUUAACAAAUAGUUCAUGAGAGAAGCUGUUGGAUUUACUAUAGAGAGAAAUACCUUUUUAGUCUGGAUUUCUGCCCUGCUUAGAUUUUUUUAAAGUAUAAGCAUGGAUUGCCAAUUCCACUUGAUGUAAACAAACUUUUAUACAUAAUAUAUAUAAUAACUUAUUGUAUCAGUCCAGGUUCAGAAACUUGUGGUAGGCCAGUUUCGGAUAGUUUCAUUUCACCUGUAAACUGUAUCACUUUUACUGAUAUUGUAAUUUUCAAAUGUAUAAUAUGUUUACAGAUGUGCCCUGCAUUUAGUCUGCCUUGUUCCUAUUUUGAUUUUUUUGUUGAGUCUCCUGCCUGCUUGCCAAAAGCUAGGAUGCUUCAGGCCCAUGUACAAUUCAAAGUAAGGCAUCCUUGAGCUUUAAAGCGUUGAACAAACUGGAAAAUGCAACAUACCACAUACUGAAAUGAAAAAAGUCUGUGUUUUUGUGUUUUUUUUUUUUUUUUUAAUAAAAAUUUUCAAAAAGUUUAAAAAAAAAAAAGGUAAAAAGUUGAUUAAAGAAAACAGAGGCUCCAGUUUGUUUUAUAGGUUUUAAAGUUCUGCUGUGUGUUCAAUUGCCUUGUGUAACCACUUGUCACCUUAGGGCCAGAUCCUUACCCCACUGGUUUUUUAAAUGUCCAUUUUGCUUGCCUGGAAUUUUAAAGUUCUUCUGUUUCACAAAUCCCCAAAAACUUCCUUGGUUUGUGGUGUGCAGAGAUUUAGUCAACAUAUUCAAGAUGGAAAGAAAUCCAGUCCCAUUUGAAUUGGGCUUUUUAGCUUAGAAGUAACACUUACUACCUUUAAAAAGCCUUCACUUUCAUAAUUCCUUUCCGUAUCCUUCAGGCCUCUGUUCAGAAAAACUAAAGAGAAUGUAUCCUUUCUCUGUUUGUCCAAAGGGUUUUUUUUUGUUUGUUUGGUUGGUUUUUUGUUUUGUUUUGUUUUGUUUUUUUCUGAGAGUCUCACUUCUAAAUGAAACAAUGCAACAUUUCACUUUGAUUUCUCCACAGAAAUUUUCUUGAUAAUAUGGUUGGAGUUUAGUACUUAGGAAUAUCUGUUAACUUUCUGGGAUCCCUAGUGGCCCACCAUAUUAACUGUCAGUAUUUUUGGGGCAUUGGGUUAAUGGACUUACUGCCUAGGUACAAGCAGGACUUUGGGACAAAUCUCCUUUGUGCUGUUUGAUUACACUUGUCGAAAUCUUUCUCCUUAGGUCCUCACACAAUUCCUUACAGAGCACUUAUUAAAAAAAAGGUCUUAAGAGUUCAUCUGUUUUCUGAUUAUUUUUGUGUGAGCUUCUAAACAAACAUCAGCUGUGAUUAAUUUAGGACAUUUAAAUAACAAUGUGUUGUUGGUAUAAAGAAUUUUCCUUCAACUCAGAGUAUUAGUACUGUAGCAUAAACCAAAUACAGUCUAGAGGGGAUUUUUAACAUCCCUCCAUUUGAAAGACUGAAAAAGGUGUGUGUGUAGAAGUGGAUGUGUGGAUGUAUGUGUGCUGGGAUUCUUGUGUGUGAGGGAAAGAUGAAGAGACUAAGAAUUAGUAAAUGAAUGUGUAAAACAUUAUAUUAGUAUUCAAAGAAUGAAACUUGUAUUUAUUUUGUGCCAUUUGUUUUCAUUACAUGGAAUUAAGUCGGGUGGUUUAAAUCCUUAAAGGGUAGUAUUAGAAAAAUGGCACUAAGGAUGAAAUCAUGACCUAUUUUUUUAAUAGCCAAGAAGAUACUAAUUAAGGGUGAUGAUUUCUUUUUCAAUUUGUCUUGAUUGUAGGUUUUGUGUCACAUACCACUCACUUCUGUGUAAAUGUCUUGAAUAAUCUCCCUUCCCCACAAAAGACAGGGUGUAUUUAUCUUUUCUCUUUAUUCACCCCAUUUGAACAAACUGAAAUAAAUUGCAUAGUGUUUCCUCUAAUGUUAGUAAUGAACCUUCAGAUAAAUAGUGUCUUUAUGGUAUCUGUAGUAGACUGCCCUUCUCCACUUUCUAAGAGGAGAUAGCCAAUAUCUAGAAAUUGGUUAAUGACAACUAUGUUCCUUGAAUUUUGCUACUCUCCUUUACCAUCUGCAUACACCAUUCAGAAUCUGCAAAAACUUUAUAAAGGAAAAAAGUGCUGCGAUUUUUCAAAUACUGGUUCAGGGGGCGGGGGGAAACUCAAUUGACUGUGGUGGUUGUCCACAACACAGUAUGUUUUUUCACAAAAUAUGACAUAGCAGCAGUAGUUUCAUACUUGGUUGUUAGUUAUGUCACUGGACCAUAUAAUCAAACAAUACAUGAUUGCCCUUACAUAUUGCUUACUGUGGAAAACUGGUACAGUGUAGUGGGACAAAUAUAUGUAAAUGGACAGUGAUUUCUUUGAUAAAGUCUAUUGAUGUUAUACCUGUCAUGAAUUCUGAUAGGGCAGUGUUCUGUAACCUAACUGUUGAAUUUUAUAGGAAAGGUUGAGAUUUGCUUAUCUUCCCGUCCUCCCAGCAUUGUUUGAAAGGAAGGGCAGAAGGACAGGACUUAGAAGCAUAUAUAGCUGCUCAGAGUUUGCCAGAGGUGCACAGGUUAACAUUAGUUCUAGAAAUCAAUGUUAAUUUUGCUGGUUGACAGCAUCAGGAUUUUUCUAUGAUGAAAGGGAUGCGCUUCUGUUUUGGGUAUCUGAAAAUGUUUAUAAAUACUUACAUUUGAGAACCAAGACCACUCUUGAGUUGGUUUAAUAUGAUUCAUCAACUUCAUUGAAAAGCACUGAUUUACUGAGUUUGAAGCAAGAAAGGUCUUAAAGUAGUUAAAGGAUGCCAGCAAUAGUAUGAGUAGAUUUUUGAAGUUGUCUUGACAUAAAAAUACCCAACAAAGCAUGAAUAAUAUAGCUUUUGCAUUAUAAGGUUACCAAAUAGCAGUUAGGGGCUGCAAACUGUAACAGACAUCCUCACCUGUAAUGGGAUUGCUGGUUCAGACUAGACUUUUCAGAAAAUUUUGUUCUAUCCAGAGUUCUGAAGCCAUUUUAUAAUAUUGCAGUAUCCCUUUUCUACAGCCUUAUCAAUAGCUACAGUUGUGGUUUUUUCCAGUUCAGUUUCACUUUUGCUGUAUAUCAAAGUUGUAAUCUACAGACCAAACCAACUUGAGAAAUUUUACAAUAGCUUUCCAUAUACCCUUUUUUUCCUCAGGUGCUAAACAAAGGCUCCAAAAUGGAUACUGCGUUAGUAACAUCUGUUUUAUUCUUAAAAUCCAUUAUUUCUUUUGCUAAUUGUAAAGAUUGGUGUUAAUAAGUGGUUUUAAUAUGUAAAUAUGAAUGAGUACUUUUAGUUAAUCCUAUUUGUUAUUAGUCUGCAUUUAUCUUUUGUAGAGAAUUCUUUCAUAAUCUUAAAUACAUUUCAUUAGGUAUUGUUGCAUUUUUAGAAUGAAAUAAACUGUUUUGUCUUAGAUUAAGCCUGCUGCUGCUAUGAGAACCUGAAAAUCAAGAAUGUGAUGCACUUUUUACAUUACUAUAUACCAUAGUUUGCUUUGAUACCUUUUCUGUAGCACAGCCACUAACAAAAAAGUGAACAGAGUUUAUACUUCUCUUCAGGAGUGAGUCAGUAACUUAAUCUGCAGUUGAUUUUGGCCUAUGAGGACAGUAACUUGGGAAAUAAGACUUAUGUUUAAUAUUACACUUUUUGGCCUUAAAGUGUCUUCUACUACUGAAAAUAUUUUAAGUCAUAGCUUUGUUUCUGUUAUUCCCUCUCUCUGCUUCAGAAAGAAUUGGGAAGAAUGACUUAAAAGAAGUAAUGUCAUUGAUUUGUUGUUUAUAGAAAAAGAACAAUUGUCAAUAACCUGGGGUUUUUUGUUUUGUUUGUUUUUGUUAAAAUGGAGAAGUAAUGCUGUCCUGUCAAAUUUAUUUGAACAAAGCUCCCAACUAUUCUGCUUCUCUGGUAUAAUUUUAUUUAGCAAAGGUAAACAGGUAUAGUAGGAAUGAAUGCUACUUCUCAAGCACAUACUCAAAUAUGAAGGAGAUAAAAGGGGGGACACCAAAUGAGGUGGAGAAAAAUGAGAAAGAUGUGUGGUCCAAAGCUAUCUGGUUAUAUUUUGAUGUUGCCAAUAUUGCAGAGCCAAAAUUUUAAUUUGCUUACUUAAUAUAUUUGUUGGCCAGAGAUCUAUUUUUAUAUCAAUGUGCCUUGCAUGUAUAUUAACUUUUGGAAAGGCCAUGUAGUCAUGCCUGAGAUAGUUGAUGGUUCUUACCACCUCACUGAUUUUUAUGCAGUUGAAUUGUUCAUUCUAUUGCCCAACUGGUGCUCUCUGUUUAAAGUCAUAGAUAUUGUCAAACUGGAACUCUUUUAUAAACUGGGAAAGUGACUUGCUUUUUCAGUUGUUUCUUUUUGUUGUUGUUUUUAGUCUGGUAGUGGCUGGUCUGUAAUGGGAAAUAGUAAAAAAGAUGCUUCACUCCCCACCCCUACCCCAGCACCACCUUCAAGUAAUGUGAUGCCACCAUUUCUUGUGUGCUUUGAAAAAAAAUUCAGCUUGCUGUCUCCUUUAGUGUUAUGAAAGGUAUUAUUAAAAGCAUUGUUUGCAAAAUACAGGGAGAUGAUGGGAGUCCACGUUCAUUUAGGAUUCUUUGUGAGCUUUGAUCCAAGUUAUUGGCUCUUUCCAACUUAAAAAUUUUUUUAUUGUUAAAGCACCUUGCUUAGAAAAAUUUAAAUAUUCAUGUCUGCAACAAUUGUCUCAAAAUAAUAAACUGUGCAAUUCUUGUCAUUAAAAAAAUCUGAAUUCUCCCUAAUGUGACUUGUUAGUUUCUCUGUAUUUCUUGCCAGUGUAAAUGUGAAAAGCUUUGCUUGCAUUACGUUUUAGAAAUGCAUUUUGCACACUCAGUUUUGCCGAAGCUCCGUGAAAAGGUUAGAUGUAAGUAGAUGAAUAAAGCUAUGCACAUGUUUUGAAA